AGAAAUACAGUGCAUAUUUGAGGUAUCAUAAAUGCUACAAGAGGCUAGUGUGUACAAUGAAUUGCAUUCAGGGGCGGUUCUGCUGUAUAAUCAACUCGUUCCUAACCUACUCCGUCACUGCGCACAGCUUUAUUGUUCGUUACAAUUACAGCCUCUGGUAAUUUGUAACAAUUUCCAAUGUUCUUACUUGCAACCAACGAAAGAGCACUCCUAAUGAUGCUUCUGACGUGAAAACAAUUUACGUUCAAAUUCAGCGUUUGGGUGUGCGGAAAAUAAUGUCUUCGUGAUGCAGCUAAAUAAAUGAACGCGACACAACGAACAAUGAGCUGGAAGCUUAUCAUUGCUGGUUUGAUUGCUCUGCUCCUCACGGCUCUCUGCGUCUUCCUGGGCAUCUUCCUGGGGCUGGACUCAAGGGCGUCCUCAUCCGUCUACUCCUACUCUAGAGCUGCGGUGGCAACAGACGCGGGAAAAUGCUCGGAGAUCGGGAGGGACAUCCUCAAACAGAAUGGCUCCGCUGUGGAUGCUGCUAUUGCUGCCAUGCUGUGUGUGGGGCUGAUGAACGCACACAGCGCAGGCAUAGGAGGAGGGCUCUUCCUAACUAUUUACGAUGCCUCCACAGGCAAAACAGAAACUAUUAAUUCCAGAGAAACGGCACCAAGGAAUGCAACACAGGACAUGUUUGGGAACAACACAGAACUAUCCGAGAAAGGGGGACUGUCUAUAGCUAUCCCAGGUGAGAUACGGGGCUACCAGAUGGCACACCAACGUCAUGGCAGGUUACCGUGGAAACAGCUUUUCCAACCCAGUAUUGAACUAGCGAAGAACGGGUUCCCAGUCAGCAAGAUUCUAGCAGACGCCAUCAAACAAACCAAGACGACAAUCGAGAAAGACGUUUCUCUAUGUGAAGUGUUUUGUAACUCGGAGGGCAAAAUCCUGAAGGUGAACGACACAAUUACAUUUCCGAAGCUAGCAGAAACCUACAGAAUUAUAGCCGAGGAAGGCCCUGACGCUUUUUACAAUGGAUCUCUGGCACAGCAGAUGGUCAAGGACAUUCAAGCGGCAGGUGGGAUUAUAACUCUGGAGGACCUCCAAAGCUAUCGUCCUGAACUGACAGAGAAUCCUCCACAAAUCAAUAUCGGAGAAUAUAAAUUGUGCAUCCCAGACGCCCCCUCCAGUGGUCCUGUACUUGGGCUCAUCCUAAACAUACUGGAUGGAUAUAACUUCUCCAAAGACAGCGUGUCGACCACAGAGAAGAAGACCCUCUCAUACCAUCGGAUCCUAGAAGCCUUCCGGUUUGCAUACGCCAAGCGAAGCAUGCUGGGAGACCCGCACUACGUCAACAUCACAGGUCUCUUACGCAAUAUGACCUCUGAUUAUUUUGCUGAUGAUAUAAGGAGUAAAAUCUCAGACGACACGACCCACCCUGUCCAGUAUUACGGUCCAGAUUUCUACGUUCCUGAUGACCAUGGGACCUCACACCUCUCCGUAGUAGCUGAAGAUGGGAGUGCAGUGGCAGCUACGAGCACCAUCAACCUAUACUUUGGGUCGAAGGUCCGCUCCCAAACGUCUGGUAUACUAUUUAAUGACGAGAUGGAUGAUUUCAGUUCACCCUUCUUUGAAAACAGUUAUGGCGUGCCUCCUUCACACAACAACUUCAUCCAGCCAGGUAAAAGACCCCUGUCCUCCAUGUGUCCGUCCAUUGUGUUUGACAAAAACAACAACGUCAGGAUGGUGGUGGGUGCUUCUGGGGGAACAAGAAUCACCACGGGAACGGCACUGGUAAUAUUGAAUGCACUGUUUUUUGACUACGACGUGAAAAAGGCUGUAACAGAACCCCGAAUGCACAACCAGCUCCUGCCCAGCAUCACAGAGGUGGAAGUGGACAUGGACAAGAGUAUAAAAGAAGGGCUUGAGGGGAAGCACCACGAGAUAAAGCAGUCUACCUCCAAAUCGAUAGUGCAAGCCAUCGUGCGACGGGGCAAUAUGCUGCAUGCAGAGUCGGACUACAGGAAGGGGGGCUACCCUGCAGGCUACUGAAGAUCCUCUCGGCUCAGCUGCAGAACCUUGAGAAGCAGCUUCAAUCACAGGACAAGGACCAGCAGCAGAGCACGCUCAGAACGGGGAUUUCUUUACCAUGGUCGGCUUGCAAUGCCUAUUGACUUGUGGGUUUGCAUUAUUCACGCCUUUGAAGAUUUAUUUUCCAGUGCACACCAGCAUUCCUAAAUACCUUAUGAGAAUCGGACAUGAUGCAUUCUGUAGUGGUAAAGUACCACAUUUUUUUUUAAAGAGAUUAUUAUUAUUUUUUUUUUUUUUUACAAAUCUCAAUUUAAAAGAUGCAUUUUUAUUUUUUUUAAGAGCUGAUGUUAUACUUCACUAGAUUUGCUGUCUGCAUUUCAGUGUGGUGAAAUACAAAGGGCAAUGGUGCGUGUUUAUGAAACAUUAUUGUUCAGAUAAGUACAUAAUAGUAUACCAAAAUCAAAAAUCACUGAACUUGUGAAGACUCAAAAAGCUAACCAUAAUCCAGAUAAAGUAUGUAGGUGUUAUAGCCAAAGCAUAUUAAAAUAUUAACAUCACAUUAAGCUACAUGCAUAUCACACACCCAGAACCAAGUAUAAUGUACGUCUCUCUGAGCUGCUAUGUGGUGAUAUUGAUAAAGAAGGUGGGUAGUUUGACAUUUCUCUUGGUCUGCUGAAUUGUCUGUGCCAAGCAAUAUGUUUUUAAGCAAAUAUAUAAUAAUAGUUUAUAAAGCGAUAGAUGGUGUUGGUGGAUAAAUAUAGCAUAACAAUAGCGCUUUGCAUUUGUAAAGUGUCCUUAACAUGUUAUUGCAAUGCACUGUUAGAUGUAUAGAUGCUUAAUACAUUGAUUGUUAAACUAAAGAAGAACGAUAUCUCUAUCAUUGUAAAACUAUGUUACUUCUCUAAUGGAAGCCACAGUGUCUAGCAAGUCCCCAAACCUGUGUAGAGGCACUGAACUGUUCAAUUAACUGAAAAGCAAGCCUCAGUGUGGAUUCUGGACUGCAGGGAGGCAAAGCCACUGGUGCUGGACCAUGCGAAAUGCAAGUGCAGCAAUUUAUAAACUGCCUUUCAGUUAUGAUAAAUGUAUAUAGUCUUUCUUUAUUAAAGAAAAGAAAACACAUGGGCUAAUCCUCUAAUGUGUACAUAUGCAGUUAAUAAAUCAUUUUAACAUGUACAAAAACAAUGAGGUAUAAAAAUUACAAUUUACAUAUUUAAAUCAGUCCAAGACAAAAUUUACUAAGAGGACGGGACAAUGCAGCUCAGGGUCGCUCUGUACGUCUCACCCUGUCAAAGAUCGGAAGUUCUUUUCAAUGUAAAAUGUUCUAGAUACAGUAAUGCUGCUAGAAGGCGGUUGCAGUUUGCUGUCUUUUAUAGUUCAAGAUGCACCGUUCACCUUUUAUCUAGCACUAUGUUUUACAUGUGCAUUCUGUACACUUAACCUCUAUACUAAUGGAUAUUAUACUGCGUUCCUAGACACAUUUAUACGUUUAAACAAAUAAAUCAUGUAAACUCUGCAUGAAGCAAUCCCUUCGUUUCACAAAGGUAAUAAGGAAUGGAAGUAGAGACAGUUACACAUUAAAAAGACAAGCAUAUAAAAGCAAGCAGCAUCAAUCCCAGAUCAAAGAGCUGGAAGGUAGAGAGGAUGAGCGGCAAUAUGUAAUGAACUGUAUGAGAUAUGCAUGCCAACAGACUUUGCCUGAGAUCCUUCUGCCUCUUUAGCAUGUGAUACCCUGUGAAUGA